CAACAGAGGGAGGCCCGCAUACCACAAAAAAAAAAAAAACAAAAAAAACAGUAUUUUAGUGGAAGGCAAUAAAAGUCUACUUCUUUAUUCUACAGAGAAUUCCCAUUUGGGGACAUCGAGCCUCGGGCAUCUGUUUCUUUAAGAGGAGGAAAUGAAGCCUUGAGUCAUUUGUGAGUCUCUUACCCUUUGGUCCCAGAGGAUAUAAAACACAGCAAUGCUUUCUUGACACUAAACUUAAAAUAGGAAGCCUGGCGCCCACGUAUAGCCACAGGCUCUUCUCCAUUGCGGCCUAGACGCAGAAAUUUCCAGAGAAAAGGUGAUACGUUUCACUGGUGCGGGCAGGUAAGCGCCACUCUGGGGGUGAGGUCUAUGUUAGCGAAGGAGUUGAUCUGGGGUCCUAUGACGAAAAACAAAAACAAAAAAACGAAAUCCACAACGCACAAAUAGAAACACACAUGCUUCCCGGAAAUAUGGCGGCGGGAAGGGGUUUGGAUUUAGCCUCUGCCCAUUUUAGAGGGCACAUCAGCCCAGGAGAAGGCAUAGGCAACAGGUUUUGCAAACUGUAGAGCGCAGUGCGCUCUAAGGCUCCGUGGUUAAGCAGCGUUAGGACUAGGCAGGUGAAGAAAGAAGGGCCAGAAUUUGGCUCCCGGAACCAACGAGCCACCACAUCAUCCCCAGCUUCUUUCUGAGGCUCCGGAGGCCAGCGGGCCGGCAUUCCCCUCCUCCCCUCCGCCUCCACACCCCACCUCGCCCCGGGCUCGGCGGAGGCGGAGGAAGCGCGCGUGGACCGCAGAGUUGGGGCACCGGCCUGUACUUGGCCUUCUCAGUGGUUCACACGCCGGUGCCUUCCCCGCGUUGCCAUGAGUAGUGGAAAGCGCCGUGGAAAAACUAAGAGCUGUAGCAAGUUGUCAUGACUCAGAGACUCCUGGAGGAAGUCUGCAGCGCAUUCCCGAGCAGCGGCCGGGCCGCGCGCCCGUCUGUCCGACUGUCUCUCUGUCCCCUGCGCGCUCGGCGGCCGCGGGGCGAGUGGGCGCGCCGCCGCGUGGGCCCCUCGGUGGCUUGGGCGCGCCGCGACCGGCCCCGCGCAUUCCUGGCCCGGGAGGAGAGCGCGGCGGGCGCCCUGCGCGAGCAGCUGGCUGAGCGCUGGCCGGCCGGGAGCGCCGAGAGCUGGGGGAGGAGCCUGGCCCGGCCGCCGCCGCCGCUCUCCCACUCAUUGGCCUUUUGUGCUGCAACUUUGCCCGAGCCCUUCGGGGAGCCGCGCCGCCCCGCGCCCGCCCCGCGCCGUCGCCGCGGGAAAGUUUGCGUCCCCGGCCGGGCCGGGCCGUGGAGACUCCGCGCGCCGCGCCGCCGCCGGGCUCGGAAACCUCAGCCUCUCGGGGGCUCUUGGGCAGUUGCGUCCCCGAAGGAAGGCGGCUCCGUGCGGGCCAUCAGCGAUCGCCCCCGACUGUUCACCUGUAGUGGAUGAUGUCAUCCAACCAGCUGCCCUUGAAGACCCGGAAAACCCUCUCUUAGCUGCCUUCUCCCCCCACGGUGAUGUCAGCGGCUGGGUGUCCACGGAUUUGACAGCCCAGAGGUACGGUGGCGGUGGUGCCCACGGCGGAUGGCGGGACCCCCGGGCCGGGUCCCUGAGGCUGCCUCCUGCCCUCCGUCCCAUCUUCUGUCCCGCAGUUUCCCCCCAAGACCCAACACACACACAGGUGUGCUCACUCUCCUGCACAGGGCUGGGCCUCUUCUUAGGGCCUCAGGAAUUACCUGAGGGGGCACCAGAAAGACCCCCCCGCCCCCCCACCCCCGUGCUCUAUGUAAAAUAGAAGUCCUCCAGGAGCGAUAUCGUGCUCUUUAUACGUUUCCAGGGAAGGACUUAGCCGCCUCUGGCUUCCCGGGACACGCGCUGGGUCAGCCACUUGUUUUCUCUGUCUUUGGGGAAGGGAAGAGGCAUCAGCCCACGGGGAAGGGGACCAGGUCCCGCGCCUUGCUCAGCAGACCGGCCUGGGGGGCGGGGGAGGGGCUUUCUCUGCCUCGUGUCCGCCCGUGCCCCUCCCCCUGCCCUGCGUGCCCCGAACCCCGCACCCACCGCUGCUCUCCGUGUGCGGCGAGUACGUCGGGCUUUGCCCGGGACUCAGAGGGUGCGGAUUUGACCCGUGGUUUGUUUAAACCAGGCUUACUCACAGCCAGCCUCGGGACUCGGCUCAUACACCUGUACACACACACACACACACACACACACACACACACACACACACAAGCUCUCUCUCUGCACACGUCUAUAUGUCUCUCUCUAUAUUUAUAUAACAUACACACACACACAAGCUCUCUCUCUACACACAUCUAUAUGUGUCUAUAUAUAACAUAUACACAUACACACAGUCUCUUUCUCUCUGCAUAUAUACACAUAUAGACACACAUAUAAACGUGUGUCUCUAUAUUUAUAUAACGUAUGUACACACACACACACACAAUCUCUCUCUGCAUACGUCUAUAUGUCUCUAUAUUUAUAUAACAUACACACACACAAUCUCUCUACACACGUCUAUAUGUGUCUCUCUCUGUAUUUAUAUAACAUAUGUACACACACACACAAGCUCUCUCUCUGCACAUGUCUAUGUCUCUCUAUAUAUUUAUAUAACACAUGCACACACACACACACACACAAGCUCUCUCUCUGCACAUGUCUAUAUGUCUCUCUAUAUAUAUUUAUAUCACACACACACACACACAAGCUCUCUCUGCACACGUCUAUAUAUGUCUCUCUCUAUAUAUAACAUACACACACACACACACACACAAUCUCUCUCUCUGCACAGGUCUAUAUGUCUCUAUAUUUAUAUAACAUACACACACACACACACACACACACACAAGUUCUCUCUCUACACACGUCUAUAUGUGUCUCUAUAUAUAACAUAUAUACACACACACACAGUCUCUGUCUCUACACACGUCUAUAUGUGUCUCUAUAUUUAUAUAACAUAUGUACACACACACACACACAAUCUCUCUCUCUGCACACGUCUAUGUGUCUCUAUAUUUAUAUAACAUAUGUACAUACACACACACACAUACACAAUCUCUCUCUCUACCCACGUCUAUAUAUGUCUGUAUAUUUAUAUAACAUAUACACACACACAGUCUCUUUCUCUACACACGCCUAUAUAUGUCUCUCUAUAUAUUUAUAUAACAUACACACACACACAUUUUGUACUUGUAUUAGUAAAACGGCUGCUUUUUGCCGGAUGGUGCAUGGCACUGGGGAACCAUAGUGAACGGGACAGACACUGGGUCCCUUCUCCCCAGGCUGAGCCAGGAGCCUCCCUCGGAACUCCUGCAGCCACCCCCUCCGCCUGUGUCACUGCCCUUCACAGAUCCCUAUGAAUUACCUGUCUCAAAUGCCCUCUCUUCGCGGGGAGGAACUGGAUCAGCUGUGACCUCUGGAAUCACGGCACCCAGCCUGGCCCGGGCUGGUCCUUGGGGAAAGGCAGUAGACUUGAACUGGGUUAGAGGGAAGAGGCAGGGAGCCUCCUUGUCUGCCUGCUUGGGGGCCAGUGUGCGCUAACCACCCCCGAAGUCAGCCCUCUUGGGGGACAGGCGGUCCGUUCCUGCCCGGUCCCCGCUGUCCUGCUGGGACAGCAUCGAGAGGCCUCUUCAUAAACUGGGAGGAGAUUUGCCUGGUGGAGGAGAAGUGUGAGGGCAGCGCUGACACAGCAGGAAGCUCCAGGCCAGAAACAGAUGCUCUAAGGCAGCUACACGUUGACGUCGAAUUCCGAGUGUUUCUGUUACAGGUGGGAGUCAACCAUAGUUCUUACUUACGUAGGAGUUUAACUUCUUAAAAGAGGCAUCCUAGCUGGGGGACAAGGCCCUCAGCACACAAGGAGCGCGCAGAAGCUUCCAGGGCGAAGUCGGGCAUUCCUUUCCGUCCUUGUGCUUGGCCUUCCCCCUUCCCCCCGCGCCACGGGGUCCCGCCUACAUCCCUGGCCUCUCAAGUCCGAGAAAGACAUGAGUAAAGAAGGUGUGUCACCUGUGACCAUGACCAAGCGUGAUCACAUGAUGCAGGAAGGGACCGGUGGCUGAGUGCUGAGUUCCUCAGUGCUGAGAGCUUGGCCAGCUCUCUGGCUCUAUUUUCCAGUGGAAAGACUCAGUAGAUCUCUACGC